ACUUAAGUACCUUCAGGCUGCAAAUCUUAUUUAAAUACAUACGAAGGGUACAAAGCAGCAACAAGCUUGUUUGGACCUACUUGGCAACCACAAUGUGCUCUAAAUUGUAUCCACAAAUAGUGACUUCACUGUGUUGGAGAUGCCCUGGGCUAACUUCAAGCUAGGUAAUUUGUGUGUAAGUAGUAGUCUUGCUGCAGCAUCAUUAUUUCAUAGUAAUUUAGGGCUCAUGAUGUACGCUACUUCCCAGAUCAUGUGGUAGACAUAAUUCAAUUCUCUUGUAAUCUUUCAGUCCUUUGAAAUUGCUGCUCCAUAUCUGUGUUUAUCAAACACAAGGAUUUUUGAGCAGCCAGAUUUGUUUUUCCCAGUUCAAGACAACCAGUGUGUCAUAAGCUACUAAGACUAUAUUGCAUCUUCUUCAUCUUUCCUUAAUAAAAUAAAUAAAACCAACGAACAAAAAUUUUAUAGGGCAUCAUUUGGUCUCCUCCAUUAAACAGUCAUGGCUUUGUUCCUUCUGGUCACUUCUGCAGCAUGGAAGGGAUGGAGCCUGUGAGGGAAAGCAGUUCCUCACUGUGUUUAUCAGGCAGCCAGUCAGCUUUGUGCAGACCUCGAAUGUUUUCACUCCAUGUUUCAAAUGUCAGUAUCCAAAGUAAAAUGUACUGCCUCUUUCUGUGUUUUUCAUGCUAUUUGCAUAUGAGAAUUUGACCAUGAAGUGAGGUGAAUGUUGCUUCAACUGUAGGCACCAAAUAUAGCCAAAGUUAAGAUGAGGUGCUGUGAACAUGACUCAAACUUCUUGCUUUUGAUGCUGAAUUUGGGUGCCUGUAAGUUACUGGCAGUUUCUGAAGCUUCUAAAAGUGCUUAUGCUGUUGUGUUCAGGACAUGUUUCUGCAUAAUCUGCAGUCGCACAUUGGACCUCCUCAAAUACAAAUGGGAGAGUGCUUCUGCUAUGCAUCUGGAGAAAAAUUGCAGCAACAGAUAACUAAUCAGGACUUUACGCUCCCACCGUCAGGGACACAGAGGAAAGUGGUGCAAAGUGGACACGUUCCUCCUGGCCGCAGUAGGCAGGAGAUGGCCAUCUUGGGCAGCAGGCACUGGCGGGGGAAGGCCGACCCUUUCGGUGCAGUAGCUGUCUCCUUGGUGAGCAGACUGUCAGACCAGCAGAAGAUCAGCGAGCCACCUCUCAGCCAGUUCAGAGAAGUGUAUUUACCCCCUGCACUUCGCCCUUUGAACAAGACUUUGGUCAAGGGCGAUGAGUGGAAGGAUGUGGGUAGCACCCAGGAAAAGCGCAGGUCCUUCCUGUAUGAAUUCUGCAAGAAAUACAACAGCAGGAAGAAGCUGCGGACGCACCUCGUGCACAUGGUGUCACGAAUUUAUGUGGAGGACAGGCACAAGGUCCUGUACUGCGAAGUGCCGAAAGCAGGCUGCUCCAAUUGGAAAAGAGUCCUCAUGGUGCUCAAUGGACUCGCCACUUCCACGCGCAACAUCUCCCAUGACGAUGUGCACUAUGGAAAACAUUUAAGGAAACUGGACAGUUAUGACCUAAAAGGGAUAUACACACGUUUGAACACGUACACCAAGGCUGUAUUUGUACGUGAUCCUUUGGAAAGACUCGUAUCUGCCUUCAGGGAUAAGUUUGAGCAUCCAAACAGUUAUUACCAUCCAGUAUUUGGGAAGGCAAUAAUUAAGAAGUAUAGACAUAACGCAGAUGAAAAGGCAUUGAAAACAGGCUCAGGAGUUAAGUUUAAAGAGUUUAUCCAGUACCUGUUAGAUUCCCAUCGUCCAGUAGGAAUGGACAUUCACUGGGAGCAAGUCAGUAAUCUCUGCUAUCCCUGCCUCAUCAACUAUGAUUUCAUAGGAAAGUUUGAAACCCUGGAAGAAGAUGCCAAUUACUUUUUGCAGCUGGUAGGUGCUCCAGCUGAGCUAAAAUUUCCCAAAUUCAAAGAUAGACAUUCCUCUGAUGAGAGAACAAGUGCAGAGGUAGUGAGGCAAUACUUAAAGGAACUGUCUAAGGAGGAGAGACAGCUGACCUACGACUUCUAUUACUUGGAUUACUUAAUGUUCAAUUAUUCAUCACCAAUUGUAUAGCACCAGAAUAGCUUCAGGAUUCUAUUAGAUAUUUAUCAUUUUGGAAUUCAUAACAACUACCUUAACAUUACCUCUGAAAGGAAACAAAGUAACUGCUAAGUGGAGUCCUCUUGACUUACUGGUGGUUUUAUAAACUAAAGUGACAUCAAUUGACAUAAAGUUAUAGGAAAAUGCACAAAAAAGACCUGUAAACAGCAUAAAUUGCACUAAAAUGCCUGAAAAAGCUGCUUUUACCAUUACAGAUUAUAUUGUGGAAGCGGUAAUGCAGCCAGCUGUUGCAUUAGCCUACCUAAUGUUCUUUUAAUGGUUUAAGAAAAAAGCAUUCAGAAUAGCAUGAUUUUUUUUGGUGUGUCUGCUUUAGAAAUUGUUUUUGAAACUAUUUUUGAAUGUAUUUUUUACUUUCUGUUGCUUAUUAAUAAAGAAGCAUUGGCUAAUUUUCUAAAA